CGCAGAGGAAACAUUUCAUCUCCCGCAGCAACAAUGACUUCAGUUCAGGCUUUGAGGGAGUUUAUCAACCAGCGACUAACAGCUGCUGCUGGAGAUAUAUUCACCGUGUUUCAACAAACUAUCGUUCAAUACGAGGAGGAGAUUGACCGACAGCGCAGAUUGUUGGAAAUCAGAUGGAAACCUGAGAUCAAGACAAAGAACGCAGAGCAUUUUGUUGCCUCAGAGCUCUUACACCAACAUGUCGGUGCAGACGAGCAGGAAUUUCACCAGGAGACCAACUUCAGUCUGGAGCAGGAAGAACCACAGUCUCCACAGAUCAAGGAGGAGCAGGAGGAGCCCGAACCGUCGUAUAUCAAGGAGGAACAGGAAGGUGUGGAGGCCGUGGAGCUCUGCACCAGUCCGGAGGGAGAGCAGCUUGUGAUGAAGUUUGAAACCGAUGCGUUUGCGAUGACCUCUGAGCCAGAUGGUGAGACGCCCCUUCACGACUCUGUGGUCGUUCAAAGCCACAUUCUGACAGACGAGAGACCUGGUCUCUCGGGAUCCACUUCAGAUGCGGAGCUGCAGCUCAACAGGGGACGCCACAGCGACAAGUCGCCCGCGACAGGGAGGCCGUCUGACGGCAUCAGGCUGCUGUCCUGUGAAACGUGCGGAGAACGUUUCCAGAAACAGUGUCUUUUGAUGCGCCACCUGAGAACUCACACCGGCGAGAAGCCGUACGCCUGUGAAACCUGCAGUAAAAGGUUCAGUCGGCAGGACAGCUUGCUGGUCCACAUGAGAACUCACACGGGUGAGAAGCCGUAUGCUUGCGAGACGUGUGGGAAAAGUUUCCGGCAGCACAGCACUUUGUCAGCCCACAUGAGAACUCACACGGGGGAGAAGCCCUAUUCCUGUGACAUUUGUGGCAAAACCUUUAAUGCACAGAGCACCAUGUUGUGCCACAUGAAAGCUCACAUGGAGAAGUCAGAGUUCUGA